ACCCUGCGAGCUGCGUUAGUACAGUGGAGCUUUAAUUGGGAACAGAGCAGCGUUGCAGUCUAGUGUAGAUUAACAAACCUAGUCCACUCUCCACCUCAGACAUGGCUGACCAACUUACCGAGGAACAAAUUGCUGAGUUUAAGGAGGCGUUCUCCUUGUUCGAUAAGGAUGGGGACGGUACCAUCACAACUAAAGAGUUGGGCACAGUGAUGCGAUCACUCGGGCAGAACCCCACAGAGGCUGAAUUGCAGGACAUGAUCAAUGAAGUGGAUGCUGACGGUAAUGGAACCAUUGAUUUUCCCGAGUUUCUGACAAUGAUGGCCCGUAAAAUGAAAGACACGGACAGCGAGGAGGAGAUCCGUGAAGCUUUCAGAGUGUUUGACAAGGACGGGAACGGCUACAUCAGCGCAGCAGAGCUUCGCCAUGUUAUGACGAACUUGGGCGAGAAGCUGACGGAUGAAGAGGUGGAUGAGAUGAUCAGAGAAGCUGACAUCGACGGCGACGGUCAGGUCAAUUAUGAAGAAUUUGUACAAAUGAUGACGGCAAAGUGAAGCUCCUCUGUUUUCGCUGACCUCUUUAGAAGACAAAAAAUCAAGUCAAAUAUUUUACUUACCUCUUACGCAAAAAUAUUCAUUUAUUCAUACUGUUUCUGUAUAGAAAAACUGAAUGUUAAAAAAUAUAAAAUGUCCAUAUAUAGAAAAAAAAGAAUAAAAAUAUAUAUACAAAACAAAACAAACAAAAAAAGUAAACAAACAUAAAUGACCUGCAUGUACUGGUUAGUGGUCCUGUUCCCAAAGAACUGCUUAGACAUCUUCAAAAAGAUAACCUAAUAAUCCUGAUAUCAAACCUUCAGAAACUAAAGUAAAAGCAUCUGGUGAACUGCUUAACUAGUUCCAUUUGCUAUUGGCGAUGUUUGGGCUGGCCAAUCGUCUUCUACUUCCUGUUUCUGUUCUACAUGCAUGCAGCUUGAGUCUGAAGCCGCCACUGGGCGGAAACCUCAGCGAUGUCUGUCAGAGCGUUCUAGGGGUUUGGAACAGUCUGAAUUAAUUAAAGUGGGAUAAUACAGUUUGGGAACUGGGAUUUGGGUGGGUGGGGGUGGGAUAGGAAUCUGCGUAGAGGACAAAUGAAUGGGACCUUUUCAGUUUGCUUCAAUAACUAAAGAGAUAUUUUUAAGAAAAAAAUAGCAUUUAAGAGAUUUUAAACUAUGUUUGGCAUGUCAGGAUAUUUGGUGUUUUGUUUCUUUGUGCAUUGUGCCCGAUAGUGGGGCGUUUAGUGGGAGGGAGUGGCUGGGGCGUUCAGGGUGCGACCUUUCACCUCCCGUGAAAGUGCUUUUCGGGUGAGGGAUCAGUGACUGUACCAUAAAUGUUUUUAUCUUUAGUUUUGCUCUGGGCGCUGACUGUGAGCACGUCGAUGUCUCUGGAGAGUGCAGAGGGCUUUUCAUCAGGGUUUUCUUUCGACUGCCCACCUUCGGUUCUGUUUUUGUUCAUUCCAAGUUGUACAUGCUCGUCUUUUAAUUUUUUUUCCAAUAAAAGAACAUGAAUCCGACAA